AUGGCCUUUCCGAAGAGACCGACCAGAGUCGCUGCGGCGGUGCUUCUCACUACUCUGAUCUGUCUCUUUUACGUAUGGGCGCCGGAUCGCUCUGCAGAACUUCAGGCUCAGUCGACACUGCCACCGAAUACUCCUCUAGAUCUGUUCCAGGAACCCUCAUCGGCAGCCGAUGCGGACGGACUGCCUGACCCCGAGACAGAGCUCGUCAAAGACGCCCAUAAACUCCCCACGGCGGACUCCUUCCUGGCCCAUUUCCAGGCCGUCACGCGUCUACCGGGUAUGACGAUGGCGGAGGCCAAGGCCGGGUGCAAUUGGCCGGCCAUGCACGAAGUAAAUUUCCAGUACGCCGACAAUACGGACUGGGCCGCGCAGGAUCGAAGUGACAGCGAGCUGGAAGCGCGCCGAACCGAGUGGCACGACUUUAUCAACAAUGAUCUCCUACCAUACGAGCAAUACAAGGACCGCUUCGUGCAGGAGCGCGGCAUCGUGAUCGUCGCCGGCAACCAGCAGAGCAUGAAGCGGGUGGCGGUGAUCCUGCGCGCGCUGGACAGACUCGGGUCGCAUCUCCCCAUCGAGAUCCACUACUGGGACGACGAGCUGAGCUGGGACGCAAUGCAGAGCAUGGUGAACCAGUGGCCGCAGCGGAUGUUCUUCUUCAACGACCUGUCGGCCGCGUCAAACAUCCUCCAGACCAACCACGACGGCUUCUACAUCAACUACCAGCUCAAGACGGCGGCGGUGAUCAACUCGCGCUUCGCACAGCCCCUCCUCCUUGACUCGGACAACAUCCCCGUCAUCGACCCGGAGGAACUGUACGACUCCGCCACGUACGCAGAGUACGGCACGCUCUUCUGGCCGGACAUCGCACGCACCCGCCCAAACAACCCCAUCUGGCCCAUCACCAACACCCGCUGCCGCAUGGACGAGUACGAGCAGGAGAGCGGCCAGCUGCUCGUCGACAAGCGCCGCUUCUUCUACCACCUGCAACUCGCCGCCUGGUUCAACAACCAACACGCAGAUUACUACAAUUCCUUCCUUCUCGGCGAUAAAGAUAUGUUCCGCUUCGCCUGGCAUGCCUUGCACACCCGCUACGGCGCCCCGCACAAAUGGCUCACUUCGGUCGGAACCCUCUCAGACACUACACCUACACCUAUACCUACUCCUGCAGAGGCUGAGGCUGAGGCAGAGGCAGAUUUAAGCUAUUACUGCGGCCACACCUUCGCCCAACACCAUCCAGACGAAUCCGACUCCCGCGUCGCCUUCCUCCACGGCGGUCUCAUCAAGACCCUCUCCCGCGACCUCAUCCGCUGGGCCCGCGACUCCCGCGGCGGCAUCUUCCAGGCCUACAAACGUUCCCCGCACGACGCUCUCCCCGCCGAAAACGUCCACGUCGCCAUCAAGUGGGAUCCAGCCCUUUACCUCCCCAAUCGCCCGGACGAUCUCCCUGUCGCCAUGUGUACGGAUCUCAACCAGGUCGUGGCGAGGCCCUUGGAUGAAAUCGUCCCGGGGUUUGAGGCUACUUUUCGUGAAAUAGGGGGUUAUUGGAUGUUAGAUGAUUAA